AUGGUUUCAAUCCGCAAUCUCGCCCUCGCGGCAUCGAGCGUUCUCGCUUUCGUCUCCGCCGCUCCAACGAUUGAGUCCAGACAGGAUUCCUGGGUUCCGGGUACUUUGAACAAUACUCGGGAGUUUUAUCUGCAUAUGACGGUUACGGAUGGUGAUUAUACGCAUAAUGGAUGGGUUUUAGAAGCCUGGCACACCGGCGCCGGAAUGGCCGACCCCGUCUUCGUCGACUCCUCCAAUAACACCGGUUCCCGCAUGUAUUUCAAUUCCUCCCAACUCCAAUUCGACGUCUCCCCGUAUCCAUUCAGCAUGAAUGCUUUUCCCUCCGACACCAAUUAUGCACGAUGGGAACCGGUGACGAUUACCUCAGGAUAUGGAAGUGGAAAGUUUGUCAAUGAGGGGAGUGCGGGCUUUCAGGUUGAUGAAGAAGAGGCGGAUGGAUGGGUGGUUUGUGAGUGGUUUCAUGGGUUGAAUGCGCCGCAACUUUUUCAGAUGAUUAAGUAUUUUGAUGCGCCAAAUCCGUAUGAUGUGCCCAGUAGUUGUGCGAGGGUUUUGUUGUUUCCAGUUUGGAUUUAG